AUGUCCUCCUCUUCAUACGACUACAUCAUCAUAGGUGGGGGUGUCGCCGGCUUAACGCUUGCGUCGCGGCUCUCCAAGCUCCUCCCACGCAGUGAAACCAAGCAGAUCCUCGUCCUAGAAGCCGGCACCGACCCAUCAAAAGCCGACUAUAUCCUCUCGUCCACCGGAUACCAUCUCGCCCGUGAAUCAGAGCAUGCAUAUAUUUUGGACGUGGAAGCAAACCCGCACCUCAACAGACGCGCAGCCCAGGUCAGCGUCGGCAAGGCUUUGAGUGGCAGCGGAGCCAUCAAUGGCAGUGCCUGGACGCGAGGGCCAAAGGUCGACUAUGACUACUGGGCGAAACUGGUGGGUGACGAUGCCUGGUCAUACGACAAGCUACUGCCGUUCUUCCGCAAGACGGAACAAGUCGUCGAUGGGCAAGGAGAGCCCAUAGCGGAGACGGAGAGAGACGAAAUCCAUCACGGCUACGACGGAACCCUGAAGGUCGUGCCGAUGAAAGCCAAUCAUCCAAGUCGUCAUUAUCCCCUGCGUGAAACCAUCCAGAGGGCAUGGGAAGAGGCCGGGGUCAAGUACAACCCGGAUGGGAAUAACGGAAAUCAGAACGGCUUGACGGAGAUGGUCGAGCUCUGGGUCAAAGGCCAGCGUCAACUACCGAGCCAGGCCCUGGAUCUGUCUCGCGUCGAGAUCCGUGAUUUCAGUGUCGUGUCGCGCAUCACGUUUGACCAUUCUGCAGGAGGAGAGCCUGUCGCAACUGGAGUCGACCUUGUGGGUGGGGAACACUUCGGUGCAAACAAGGAGGUCAUCCUGAGUGCCGGUGUCUACCAUAGCCCACAAGUCUUGAUGCUCUCAGGAAUCGGAGACCCUACGGUCCUGCAGAAGCACGAGAUUCCAACCGUCGUGCCUAAUGGCGAGGUCGGUCAAAACCUUGUGGAUCAUCUGGCGGUCGGAAUAACGUGGAAGCUUAAGCACCCUGAAAAAGGGCUAGCCAUCGGAUCCCCCUUGUUCAACGACCCAUCCUAUUUCGCUGGCUGGCCGCUGGACUUCAUCCUAUUUGGCCCCUUGGACGAACCCGGCAACCUGGAGCCGUUAAUAAAGGAUGCUGCAGACCGAGAAUUUCUGCUCCGUCCGGACGCCUCGCAUAUGGAAAUCGUCACCUUGUAUGCGCCCAUGGGACCGAGACUGACCGGUAUCGAUGCCGCCAUGGAUGGAAGCCAUGCCAGUUCGAUUGCCGUCUGUUUGACCACCACGUCCAAAGGAUCCGUGACCAUCCGAUCUGCCAACUCUGAGGAUCCUCCCAUCAUCGAUACAAACUUCAACGCAACAGAGACCGAUCGAUACAUUUCCCGCGAAGCCUUACGAAAAGCGACGUCUGUCUAUCUUGAGACCGAGACGGGGCAAUCCUUUAUCUCUCACGAGGUCACUCCAGAAGGUUAUGCGGCGAUCACGAGAGAUACGACGGAUGAAGAGAUCGACAAGAGGAUUCGGGAUUUUGGCUAUAGUCUCGACCAUCCGAUGGGUACUUGUUCAAUAGGUAAGGUCGUGGACAGCCAUUGUCGGGUGCAUGGCGCGAAAGGAUUGAGAGUGGUCGAUGGCAGUGUGAUUCCAGUUCCUCUCGCCUGUCACAUCCAAGCCACCGUGUAUGCCAUUGCCGAGAGGGUCGCCGAGUGGAUUGCGAAUGGAGAGUAG